GCAUUCGGUUUUACACCACAGCCAAAGGUUGAACUUCAGAGACUGAACUCUUUUUUUCUGGUGUCAUUUUUUAAAUUUAUUGAGUUUGUUUCUUUAGUGAUAUCUUUUGCUUGAGACUUGGCAACAAUCAUUUCCAUAUCAAGUGAAUGGAGAGGAAUAUUUAGGGUGUGCUUUUUAUAAGCUUUACUUGCCCCUGACAGAGGAAUACCUUUUUCAUCUUCAUCAAUUUGAAGACUUAUUCUUCAGUUGUUUUUUUUUUUUUACUUUUUAAGAAGUUAAUCUUCCAGGAUGAAUUUUGUGAGAGUUGUGACUCCUUUUGUGUUCAUGACUUUAUUUGUGUCACUGGUUGAAACAAAAUUUUACAGACCAGUCCAGUUUCCUCAGUAUAAAACUGGGCUGAAUCAACACCAUGUCCCAGGGAAACCCACCAGCAGACACAAGAACCACUGUGCUUAUGUCAUUGAAAAGACUGUGACAUUUACGAUGCAGGAUGGAGCAGCUCCAUAUGUGAAAGUUGAGUACAACAAGUGCUCCUGGGGCAAAAAAUGCCCAACUUUGCUGUAUCGUUUGAUGUACAAACCAAUGUACAAAGUGGCACAUAAAACUGUCACUGAGCUGGAGUGGCGUUGCUGUCCAGGUUACUCUGGUUAUGCCUGUAUGGACGGACCUCCAGCUUAUCACCACCCCAUGAAUAUGAUGCCACCUUUCAAGGGCCCACCAAUGAAAGGACCACCGUUUAAGGGGCCGCAGUUUAAAGGCCCACAGUACAAAGGUCCCAUGUUCAAGGGUCCACCCAUGAACACUGCUGUAAAGGCCAACCCAUGGAGUCAGCCCCAAGGACCUCCUACUGGUAGUUUUAACUCUUACCCCAUGCAUCACUUUGGCCCUCCAAGGUCCUCCUCCUACCCAGAUACCUCCUUUGAGCCUUAUUCACCUGAACCAGAGCCUAUGCCAAUGCCAGACCACCAGGAACCACAUCACCCAGAGCAUGACCAAGACCAUGACCAUGAACAUCAACCUGAGCACAGCAUGGAACCUGAGGAACAUGUCUCCAUGGAAACACCCUCUCCCUCUGGUGGUGAACCAGCUGAAGGCCAGACUUUAGACAGUGAAACUGAAGAGCGGCUAUUCCGAAUGGAGGAAGAUGUGCGACGUCUGCACCAGGGUUUGGAGACACUGAGGGGAACCGUGAAUGGACUGGAGGAUGGCCUACGCGCCUCGCUGAGAGAGGAUGCCAACAGGAUGCUAUCAGCUCUACUCUCUGCUGCACCAGGUCCAGUUUCAGCCCCAGCUGUAGCGUCUAAUCCAUCUACUGUGGGGUUUGUUGAGAUUCCUGGAGGAGACCCUGAGACAGAGGGUCUGGAUGGGACACACACACUUCCAGGCCUUACAGAACUAAGUGUAAGAGUAGAGGAGCUCAGGACCGAACUGCAGGCCAAGACAGCAGAGCUGCAGGAACUGAAAGCAACAGUGAGUGGACAUGAUGGUGCACUGAGGAAACUGUCGAAUAAAUCUGGCAUCGCAUCAGACUCCGCUGAUAUUCUUGCAGGCGAUGCCCAAAGAGAUAUGGAGAAUAUGAUGGAUGCCAAGCUGAGUGCAGCCCGGACAGAGAUUCUGAGUGGGUUUGAAAAACGUGUGGAAAGUGCAGAAAGCCGAUGUGAGGAGAAAGCUGGGGAUGUGCAUCAUCAGUGCCAGAGAGAGCAAAGUGAGAGGCAGGAGCACAUGGAAGAUGCUCUGGCCGAAAGUACCACAAAUUUAAGAAGGGAUAUGGGAAAGCUUCGGGCUCAGAUCCAUGGUUUAAAGGCACCAGACAGUUGCUGUAGUAGAGUAACAGGACUGGUUGAGAGGGUGCAGCUGCUGGAAACAUCAGUAGCAGGUCUCAAUCAGUCACAGGUGCACUUGAGAGUGGAGCUGAGUGGUCAUAAGGACCACAUCGAGGGGAUUUUGGAGGGGCGUCUGGCGUAUGUAGAAACCAAGCUUAAUGUCACUGGGAAAGCAAAAAUAAAUGAGUCUGGAAGAAGUGCCAUCUUCGACAGACCUGAUAUAGGACAAGGCCUGGAGGCCAGAAUGGAAGGGAAGUUAAAGGCUUUAGAGGGCCGUCUGAUGACAGCUUUGGAGGAGCUGGGUAAUGCCACUGCCCCUGCUCUGCUAGAGGGUCAUGCUGUUCCCACCCUAGAGACAGAGCUGGAGUCCCUCCGGGGGAGACUAGAAGUGGAUGUAGACAGAGUGCAGAAGCACCUGAGCAGCCUUGAAACUCGCUGCUCUUCAUUGUGUACCUCCCCUGAAACUCCCUCUGCCGUCCAGGGAGACUCUGCUGCACCGAGUUAUAAUGUGGCAGCGGAGCAGGAUAUGAAGGGGACGCUUGACCUUCAAGCUGACCGUUUAAAUAACCUCAACAUUACACUGCAAAACAUCCUGAGGAAUCUGGCCCUCAGGGACCAGCAGGAACAGGCUGAGGAGGAAUAUCCAAUCCACGGCCAACUAACAAUCCUUAAGUUCAAUAUCCACUCUGUUAACCGCACAGUGAGAGGCCUUCAGGAGUCCUUGGGGACAGUGGUUCACCAAGUGGGACAAGUUAACAGCUCCUGGCAUGAGAGGGAGGCCCGUCUCGCCCAACAGAUGAAGGGUGUGGUCCAGUUGGUUGGACAUCAGGCUUCAAUGCUGGGGGUAGGUGAACGCAAAGUCACCCGAUUAAAGGGUGAGCUGCUAGAGAUGAAGAGGAGGCUGGCCAAUGAGGUCCAGGGCUGCAGAAGCACAGCUCUUGGGGUGCAGAGAGAGGUAACAGAGGUUGGAGGGCGUGUUGCGAGUGUAGAGGACAAGUGUAAGGGUCUAAAUCUGUUGGCAGAGGACCUGGAGAGAAUCAGGGAAGAGCUGGAGAGACAGUCGAGUGGGCUUCUCCUGCAAGUCAAUGGGACCCUCUCCAGCCAUGCUCAGCAGCUGUCUGAGCUGAAAGACGAACUCAAAAACUGCACCAGCAAGGUGGAGCCAACUCAGCAGAGUUUAGAGCCAGAGGCAAAGCCAAAACGAGGGGACACAUUCACUUUGUUUUAGUUUAUUUGGACAAUAGCUUUUAACAAUACACGCUGAAGAGUAAAUUUUCUGCAGGUAUUAUGGAAGUCCACAAAAACCUAAUUUUAUCAUUGGUUUUGUAAUAUAUAAAGGUUUUAAACCUGCACUGAAAUAACGAUAGCUUUAGUUAGUUUACAGUAUCUUACAUAACAAUUAGUAAGGCAAAAGGCAGCUAAUUCUACCUGCACAUAUGAUAAAAUUUUCAGUUUAAUAAUGAAGGUGCUGACUUGAACUGUUGAAUAAUAAUAUUAAUUCAUUUAUUAUCUCGAGCCCCAAUGACUGAAGAAAAGGUAAAGAACAGCGUCUGUCUUACUGUUUUUACAAAGCUCAUGAAAAAUUCUUAUAUGAACUGUUGUUUAACAAUGUUUACAUGUGUAUGUUUUUGUACUGAUUUUUGUUAUGUCUAGACUAGAAGAAUGAGAAGAUAUUAUGUUUUUUAUAUGGUUUCA